AUGAAACUAAUAUUUUUAUUGUAUUAUUUAAUCGUUCAUAUAACGAUUAUUUAUGCUUCAAAUCAAUAUUUGGGUUGUUUUAUUGAUCAAAUUGGUAAUCGUGAUCUAAAUUUAUUUAUUGGUGAUUAUGAAAGAUUAACUCCAAAACAAUGUAUUCUUAUAUGUCAAGAACGAAAUUUUCCCUAUGCAGGUAUACAACAUGGUAAUGAAUGUCGUUGUGGUCGACAAUAUGGAAAACAUGGUCAAGUAUCCGAUGAUGAAUGUAUUUACAAUUGUUCAACAUUAGAAAAAUGUGGUGGCCAUUAUCGAAAUAGUAUUUAUAAUACAUUUAAUUCAAUAGAUUCAAUUAGUACAGGGUAUACUUGUCAAAAUAAUUUAAUUGGUUAUCAAGGAUGUUUUGAUAGUAUAACAUUGAAUAUAGGAAUGGAUAUUGUAUAUUCAAUUGAACAAUGUAUUCAACGUUGUUCUAUAAAAUAUGCUUAUGCAGGGAUUAUGAAUGGUAAUUUAUGUCAUUGUGGAAAUGAUUUAAAUCAACCAUCAUUAAAUUCAAAUUUAUGUCAUAUUCGAUGUAAUAAAAGCUCAAAUGAUAUGGCUAUUGAUUGUUGUGGUGGUCUUCAUAUGCUUAGUGUUUACAAUAUAAAAAUUUAUCUAGUAAAUGAAAGUACCUACUCUUCAUUGCAAACAACUGCUGCAAGUUCGACAUUACCUAGUAUAACUUCAAUAUCAUUAUACACUGUAUCAGUAACAGCAAUUACAUCACAAUCAUCAAUAACAACAAGUUCUUCUUUACUAAUAUCAUCUUUAUUGAAUUCUGCAAUUACAAAUAGUUCAAGUACAUAUACUAGUCAGCCAAUUUCAUUUACUCCUAGUAGUAUGAAUAAUAUAUAUACAUCAAUAUCUUCAUCAUUAAUGAUGUCAAAUGUGACAUCUACUAUACCUAUAUUAUCAACAAACACUGUAACAACACUAAUAACGACUUCUCACGUGAAUACAAGCACAUCAACGUUGGUAGUUAUCAAUACAAUUUCUAAUAUGUCACAGUCCUCUACUAAUCCUAUAAAUACCGCUAUGAGGUCAUCUGAAAGUAAUUCCAUAUCAUCAGUCCAAUCAAAUAUUGGUACUGUAGUAUCAACUUCAUCUGUUACACGAGCAAAUCAAACAUCUUCGUAUACAGAUACUACCAUUUCACCUACUCCCCUCAGUUCUAUUUCAUUCAAUAGCUCAAUAACAAACACUACGAUUAAUCUGUCAACAGCAUCCCAAUUGAUAUCGACGAUAUCUAUUCCAUUAUCUCAAACAUCAACAAUUCCUAUCUCAUUAAAUUCUACUCCUUCAAGCACUGUAGUAUCUAGUAGUUCAUCAAAUUUUACUUCAAUAAUGACUACUGAAUCUCUCAGUACUUCACCAUUAAUAUCAACACAAUCUAGCCAAAUCACAAUGAUGACUGUAUCACAACAAAAUAAUUCAGAAGCAUCGAUUUCGAACGCUUCAAUCUUAUUUACUAAUUCACUUGCGAGUAGUUCUACAAAUGUAGGAAUACAAACAACUAUUAAUUCUUCCUUACAUACAGAUGUAACAACUCAAAUAACACUUUCGACAGAAUCAACAGUUACAAGUACUGUAAUGAUUACAAGUGCUAGUAACUUAUCUACAAUAACAACAGCAAGUCAAACAGUUAAUUCAACAUUGAGUACAACAACUAUUUCUACUUCACGAAGAACAACAAUAGCUGCAUCAUCUUCAAUUUCUACAAUUAUUAUCGUUCCAUUUAAUCAAAAUUUUACUCCAACUGAUAACAAUACUCAACAAUCGAUACGUCAAGGAUUAAUUCGUGUAAUAAAUUUUGGUUUCAAUUGUCGAGCUAAUUCAUCUUAUCCAAAUUGUACACAAUCUAGACUACGUGUUAAACGUCAAAUAUGUUCAAAUGGUUAUGAUGUUAAUUUACUUUCAGAUAUAACUGAAAUUUCUAAUAGUACUUCAAGAAAAUAUAUGGUAGAUUAUUCUGUUAUUGAUUUAUGCAAUUCAGGUAUUCUAUUGUCACCUAUUCAAGUUAAAAUAGCUACAGAUGCAUUAUCACGUGAACAAAUCAUAAAUACACUUGGUUAUGAUAUUGAUGGUGCAUUAAUAAGAAGUACAACUAUUGAUAGUAGACAAACUCAAGAAACCGAUCGUAAAUUAUGGCUUAUUGGUGCUACACUUGGACCAGUUGCUUUUGUUUUAUUAUUGAUUUUUGUAUUUUGUUAUCUUCAUUAUAAAUGUCGACCACGACCAACAAAUCGACCUUUAGCUAAACCUGUUUAUAGUGUACCACCAGUAUCAGCUCGAUCAACGAAUUAUAAAACUAUUUCAAAUGAAUCAAUAACAGAAAAACCAACAUCUGAAAAAACGAUUCAUGCAUUAACUCAAAAUGAUCCAUUAGUUGGUGCUAGUGCAUCAUCACGACGAUUAACACCUAGUGAAUCUGAAAAAAGUUCAACUCAUACACCUCGUCAUCCAGUUUCAGUUGAAAUACCAUUGGAUGAAAUACGUCAUCAAAAUGAUGUUGAACGUUGGAGAAAUAAAAUUCGUUUACAAGAAAAAUUUCAACAAUCUCCUGUUAAACUUCCAGAUUCAUCUGUACCAAAUACUAAUCGUUCAAGUUCAAGUCAAUAUGAUAAUCAAGCUUUUGAACAUAAUAUUCCAAGAAUUAAUAUUCAACCAGUAGAUGAUAUUGUCUCUAUUCAUUCACCUCGUCAUAUGCCAGGAACAACUGAAACUGUAGUUGAACGUACAAAAUUACAUCGUUUAUUAGAUGAAGUUCUUGAUAAAGCUGAAAGUGAACAAUCUUAUAAUCCAGAUUCUGAAAGUGAACGUCAAAAACGUCGUCGUCAACGACGUCGUAUACAUUCCGUAUCUGAUGAUCAUAAAAUUUUACCUUUAUAUGAUAAAAAUCAAGAAAUUCCUCAUAUACCUGUUAUACCUCAAUUAUCUGAACGUCCUGAUUCAUCUAUUGUUCGUCUUCAUUAUAAUCCUUAUGAAGCAGGUGAUCGUGCACAUGAUAUAGCACGUUUAACACCUGUUGAAUUAAAACCAAAAUAUACAAUAGAUGAUCAACAAAAUAAUCAAUAUUCAUCACGUUCAAAUCCUCCAUUAUUUUUUGAUGAUUCUAUGAUAGCUGAUCGUGCAUCAACAGCAACAAAUGCAUAUGCAAAUCCAAAACGUUUAGCUAAAACUCGUAUUGAAACUGAUCGUGAAGCAAUGAUGCGUCAUGAUAAUGGUCAAAUAGAUCGACGACAAGAAAAAUUUAAUGAUGAUCCAACUUAUAUUGAUAGAAUAUCAAAAGAUCGAGAUGGAUAUCGAGUACAAGCACGUAAUGCUUGGGUAGAAUAUAAAACAAACAAUGAUCCAUUAAGAAGAAAUGAUUAUCGAGAUGAAUUUAUAACAGCAAAACAAAGUGUUUUAAAUACAAAAAAUAUUAUAUCAUCAAUACAUGAUGAAUUACAACAUAUGUCUUCUCGAUCAUCAGAAAAUUAUCAUGCCUAA